CAACGAAGAAGUGAGUGAGGCUAACACAACAGUAGCCUGGAGAUUAAGGUGGAGAAGAAAUCAUAACUAUGGACAAAAAGAAGAAAGCGUUCAACGUGACGGCUUCUUCGUUAGUGGACCUGAAAGCUGAGCUGUACAGGAAGCAGGAACAAUUCAAACAUGACAAGCUCGGGCAGGACCAUGCUGGAGCUGGAUCGAAAUCUAAAUCCAACGUGAAGAAACCGAAUGUCUGGAGCAAACCCAACCCGGGUGUGUCCGCUCGGGCUGAGAAAGAUGCAGAGCAGCUGGACGAGGAGCAGAAAACUCUGGACACAUCGAGGCGCAAGUUGGAGGAGAAGGCCAAACUCUACGAGCAGAUGACAAAAGGAGACUUUCCAGAUGAAGAAACAGAGGGUCUGUUCCUGGUUGAUUUCACGCAGAAGAUUAUUGACCAAAAGAGAGAAACAUUCGCACAGAUGAACAGGGAGAGAGAUGAAGAGGAAGACAACACCACACCUAUACCUGCUCCUGAAAACCCAGAUGAGGAAUGGGUGGACUUUGAGGAUGCUUGGGGCCGAUCUCGAAGAUGCAUGAAGAAAGACCUGCCCGAUUUUAACAAAAUGGACCAUGACCGUAAAGGAAAAGGGACAUCCUCAUCUGAGAAGACUUUACUCUCAGAGGACAUGCGUCGAGAGCUGCAGAGGCAGGAGUGGGAGAGGGAGGAAGAGGAGGCUAUGAAGAGGCCUGUUGGACCAAUCCACUACGAGGAUAUCCGAGCACAAGAGGCUCGAGAGCUUGGUGUUGGAUACUUUGCGUUUUCUCAGGAUAGAGAGCAUCGCAGAAAGCAGAGAGAUACUCUGGACAUGCUCAGAGACCAGACAACAGAGCAGCGGAAUAAAAGAGAACGACUGAAGGGGAAGAGGCAGGCCAUCCUACAGGCCAGAUUGGCCAAAGUAAGGCAGAGGAAGAUGAAGAAGAACAAGCUUGAUGGCACUGAAGAAGACGACGGAGACGAGGAGAAAGAAGCAGAGGAAGACGAAAGUAAAUUGAUGGGAUCCCCGCCGCCACCAGAGGACUGUCCUGAGGUCAGUACUGUGAAGAGGGUGGACGUUGAGAUCCAGGAAAGGAAGGACUCUAAACCAGGAGUUCCUCAUGUCAGAGAAUGGGACAGAGGCAAAGAGUUUAUGUUUAGCGAAUGGAAAAGCAAACGCCGGGAUGAGCGAGAGUCAGACUUUGCUCCUCCCUCUGCAUAUGUCUCUGAUCGGAAAAUACAUGCACCAUGGAAGAAUAAAACUCAGGAGACUAAAUCCCAAAUGUCCUUCAAGUGGUCAACGGGCCACGGAGAAAUCUCUGAGAGUCAAGAAAAACCAAAACCUCGGCCUGAAACUGCUGCUUCUCAACCUCAACAAAAUGAUCCCCCUACUUCACCACCACGGACCACAGCACAGCCACCACCCUCACAGCUCCCUGUUGUUUCAGCCCCUGUGUCUGCUCCUCUUUUCAAUCCCCAGUAUGCUCCUCCUCCUCCAUUUUAUCCUCCAUUUCCUCCUACUCAUCCUGCCCAGUUUGCCGGUCCACCUCACUUACCUCCUCACUACCCCUCCCAGUAUCCACCCCAGUAUCCACCCCAGUUUCCUCCCCAAUUUCCACCCCAGUAUGUCCCCCAGUAUCCGCCUCAGCCUCAGAGCCAGGCUCAGCAGCCCCCCGUGCCCUCACAGCACAGCCAGGCUGAGCCGCCUCCUCCGGGGCUCUCUUCUGAGAGUCUGGAUGACAUGUUGUCUUUCUACAGGAACACUAUGUGACCUGACGUUUGCUGUGUAGUUGAUUCGUAUAAGGAUUUGUAAAUAAUACUGCUGUUUAGUUUUGGCCUUUUUCUUAUUCUUGUCAAAAGAAUAUUGCAGCCUAGUGUCACACUGUCGGAUGCUAGAGGAUGAUGCUAGACAUCAACCUGCACAAAGGUCCUGAGGCAACCAGAGGAGUGAGACAAUAACAACUUUAUCAUAUUAACUGCUGUGACCAAGUAUGGCAAUAUAAAUACAGAAAUCUACAGAGAUCUCUCAGUGAAUCGGCAAACCAUGAUGAUACGAUAAACAGAAUAUCCGUUGUAUAUCAAGCUUAUUAUAGAUAUUUUUAAUUGAAUCAAUUUUGUUAUCGUAUGUAGAGUUCAAUUUCAUUCACUGGAAUCCUUGAAACAAACAACAUUGUUUAGCCCUGUGAUGACGGGUCAGUGUGAGACCAUCUGGACACGCCAAAUGUUCUUUGAAGAUAAUUGGUGAAGGCCACAAAUUCCCUCAAAUCGUUCAAACACCAGGUGUCAAUUGAGAACUGUUCUGUUUGCACAACUGAUUCUUGCAUUUAAUAAAUAACAGGAAUUUAAA